UCGGAAUGAUUCAGUGACUCAAAAGUGUCAUCAGUUGUUUACUCGUAUCAGUGUCUUGCUCAGACAGCAGUGUGGGUUUAGUUUAGCUGCCUACACCAGCUCCUAAGAUAACGUGUUUGGUUUAUUAACGUGACUGAUUAUUAUUUAAUUCGCAGAUUGAGGUGAAGUCAUUUAUUGUUGCCGGGCCUGUAUUGAAUGGCUUUCAGUGCGUAAACGUUAGCUCUCAGCUAGCGCUAACCUUCCAGCGCUCCUCAAAUUCAACAGUUUCAGUUCGUCAAAAACAACAACAACAACAACAACACUCAAACAUGUCGUGUACGUGUGCUUCAGCAGCGAGACAACUCAUCAAUUCAGCUCAUAAAGGAAUAUCCAGCUCCAGGAUCCAGUUACUGUCACUGAGCCGCCCGGGGACUCUUGAGGUUCGUCUGGGGCGCCGCGUCCCCGUGAGGUCAUUCUCUGAGACGACUGUGUAUUAUGCUUCAAAAGAUGGGAUGAAAGAUGGAGAUGGUGGAAAGAAAUCAGUUGGUGAAGGAAGUGGAAAAAGAACCAGCUCUAGUAAUUCUGGCAAAGGGGGAAGUCAGCUGAGAUGCCCCAAAUGUGGAGAUCCUUGCACACAUGUAGAAACAUUUGUUUCAUCAACUCGCUUUGUGAAAUGUGAAAAAUGCCACCACUUUUUUGUGGUGCUUUCAGAAACUGACACUAAGAAGAGUUUGAGUAAAGACCCAGAGUCUGCAGCGGAAGCUGUCAAGUUGGCUUUCCAGCAGAAACCCCCUCCGCCACCCAAAAAGAUCUAUGCUUAUCUUGAUAAGUAUGUUGUGGGUCAGGAUCAUGCUAAGAAGGUUCUGUCUGUGGCCGUGUACAAUCAUUAUAAACGCAUCUACAACAACAUGCCGGCAGGCUUCAGGCAGCAGCAGGUGGAGGUGGAGAAACAGGCCUCCCUCACUCCUCGAGAGCUAGAGUUAAGACGACGGGAGGAUGAAUACAGGUUUACAAAGCUGCUGCAGAUUGCAGGGAUCAGUCCUCAUGGAAACGCUCUGGGUGCCUCCAUGCAGCAGCAGCUAAACCAGCAGGCGCCUCAGGAGAAGAGAGGAGGAGAAGUGCUGGACUCCACACAUGCUGACAUUAAACUAGAGAAGAGCAACAUAGUGCUGCUGGGCCCCACCGGCUCAGGGAAAACACUUCUUGCCCAAACGCUGGCCAAAUGCCUGGAUGUUCCCUUUGCAAUCUGUGACUGCACCACCCUCACUCAGGCAGGUUACGUGGGAGAGGACAUUGAGUCAGUCAUCGCAAAGCUACUGCAGGACGCCAACUAUGUGAUUGAGAAAGCUCAACAAGGUAUCGUGUUUUUGGAUGAAGUAGACAAGAUAGGUAGUGUUCCUGGGAUCCAUCAGCUAAGGGAUGUGGGAGGAGAGGGAGUGCAGCAGGGUUUACUGAAGCUACUGGAAGGCACUAUUGUUAAUGUUCCAGAGAAGAACUCGAGGAAACUGAGAGGUGAAACUGUCCAAGUUGACACCACCAACAUCAACAUCCUAUCAUCAGCAUCUUUAAAUUUUAAUGGCCUUGAUCGAAUCAUCAGCAGGAGAAAGAAUGAGAAGUACCUUGGGUUUGGAACACCAUCUAAUAUGGGGAAAGGUCGACGGGCGGCGGCAGCAGCUGACCUGGCUAACACCACGGGUGGAGAUGUGGACGCGGUGGCCGAGAUCGAGGAGAAGGACCGGCUUCUGAAACACGUGGAGGCCAGAGACCUCAUUGAGUUCGGCAUGAUUCCUGAGUUUGUGGGCCGUCUUCCUGUUGUGGUUCCACUGCACAGUCUGGAUGAGGAGACACUGGUGCGGAUCCUCACAGAGCCACGCAAUGCUGUUGUGCCUCAGUAUCAGGCCCUCUUCAGCAUGGACAAGUGUGAUCUCAACAUGACACCUGAUGCCCUGAGAGCGAUUGCCAGAUUGGCUCUGGAGCGUAAAACCGGAGCACGUGGGCUUAGAUCCAUAAUGGAAAAACUGCUGCUAGAUCCCAUGUUUGAGGUGCCACAUUCAGAUAUUGUGGCCGUGGAAGUGAACAAGGAAGUGGUUAAAGGAAAAACACAACCUCAGUACAUAAGAGCUGCGGCUAAAGACUCUUCUGAGGAGGAGUACGACUCUGGAAUCGAUGAGGAAAACUGGACAAGACAGGCUGAUGCCGCCAAGAACUAAAAACUACAAACCCGGUUUAUAGUCAAGACUUUUCUUUAGCUGAUUGUUUGCCGCCUCGGUUCUCCUAAGGGUCCAUUUCUCACUGUAUGCUUGUGAUGACUUGUUACUCACUUUAGUAAUACAUCUUAUUCCUUAAAAAUAUCCCAAAUCUACUCUCACUUAGAGAAAUGAGUUUAAAGUCAACCAAAUUCUCCCCUGACACUUUCCUUGUAAAGAGAUUGUUAACAGUAUGUGAAAUGUAAAGAGAAUUUAAUUUUAUUCUUAUUAACUUGAUCUUUGUAAGUGAUUUUAUAUGUAUGUUUGACUUCAGAUUCCCUAUGUCUCUCUUUGCCCUGCUUGGAAUAAAAUGACACAUUUGUGACGCACUGGUCAUGUACUGGUUAUAUUGAUAUAAAUAGAGUUCCUUAUAAAGCUAUAUCGGAUCACUUUCAUAAAAUAUCCCAAUAUGCCCAUGGUAAAUCAGUUUUUGUAGCUGAACCACGUGUAUAAUAAUUUGAACCCCAUCUGAAUAUGUAUUUUAUUAAGGUCUGUUUAAUUUAAUUAGGUCUCUGAAUGAGCUGGCUUGUUUGUUUUGUUUUUUUCCUUCAAUCAAUGCUAUGGGAUUUUUACGUCAGUUUUGCUAGUACACUCAAGCUGCUAUUUGCAUUAUGAUAAGGGUCAAGAAAAUCAGUAACUGGCUGGAAUUGUAUUGAAUUGUUUCACUGUGUUUUCAUGAUUUCUGUUGUUAUUCACAAAGUGUCCAGGGAUGGAGGAUUUAUUGGUUUUGGCCAGAUUAGAACAAACUGUACGCAAGUAACGUUGGUCUCUUUGAGAAAGGGAGCAUCAGGGAGUGAUCUCCUGGUGUUAAUCAUUUUAAAUCGCUUCACAGAAAUAGAUUUUUUUCUUUUGAAUUGCGUUGUUUGUUACGGAAUAUACUCCGAUUAAGUGGGAAAGGGUUACUUUUUUGUAUAGAGAGAGUAGAAGCCAUGUAUGUUUUUGAUCCUCACCCUUCAAGUCAAAGCAUAUAUGUACAAAACAAAUGUAUGUAGGAAUAAAAUGUAAAUAUUCUCACUGA